GUCACGACGACAACUUCAACAGGUGUAGGACGUGGUCACUUGUUACAACUCGUUCUAAAUGCAGCAAUCAAUACAUUCCCAAGUAUUCCAGUUGACUCUGGCAGAUGCUGAGCUUCGCGGAUGAAUAUAUAAAUGUUACUGUAAAUCUCUGUGAGGAGCUAGUUAGGGUGGCCUGAAAAAGAAAAACUUUCAUCAUCAUUCACUCCAUCACUGUCUUGCCAGAGGGGUGCUUUAUACUACAGUUAUAAAACCGCAACACUAAAACCCCUCCGUCAGAGUGCAGACACUGUACUUCCCAUCUCCAGGACUCAAGUCCAGCCUGCCGGUUUCCCUGAAUCCCUUCAUAAAUGUUACUUUGCUCACACUCCAACAGCACAUCAGAUUUUUUGAUGUGCUUAAAGUCAUUACAUCAUUGUUAAAGAAGAAUAGGGAAAAAAUGCUGAAGUAAGAUAUACUGUGCAUCACAAUGGCUACAGGAAAGCAAGGACUCUUUGUUGUCGUGUGGGAGUGGGAGAACAAACAGCGACGAUGGCGGCCCUAUUCUCCAGAAGUCACACAGCUGCUGGAGCGUGCAUACUCUAAGAAUUUGCGCUCUGUCUAUCUAGGGGACUCUGAUCCUGCCCUCAAGAAUUAUUGUGUUCACCUACCUCAGAUGGAGCAGACCUGCAAAGCUUCAGGGGAGUUGGUGAAGAUUCGGCGAAACUUUUACCCCCAAAGUUCACCAGCAGGCCAAGGAGCUGUGUGGCAAUGGGCAGGAGAUGUUAUUGGUGACUGGCAUGUAUAUGACAUGUGUGUACAGUGUGUCAUCGAGGAGUCUUGGGGCUCUGGAGCCCAGAGUGUAGACAUGAGUCAUACUUUCCGAUUGUGUCCCUAUGUCAUCAAUUUCUGCAACCUUACUCAAAUGAACAGCAGAACAGGUUUCAUCCGCAGCAUCAGAAGAAUCCAGCAGGCAGCUUAUCCUGUUGGAAAACCUCCUGUUGUCCCCCAACAGUCACAGCCUGGAUCAGGUCCUUCAGGAAGUAUGAUAGCUGGUGGCAGUAGUAACAUUAGUAAUCCAGUCAACACAAGUAGUGCACCCACCUUAGCACCAGGAGCUAAUGCAUCAGGUGCAAGGCCCAGAAGACGGGACAGUCGAGAUGAUAUGGAUAUGUUCACAUCAGAUAUGAAACCACGCACCUUGAUGACUAAGGUCUUUGGGCGUAAUCAUGGAAGCAGCAGUAGCCGGGGAAUUAACAUGAAUUCACCACCAGUUAAUAUGGGAGAUGGACAUUUAGCAGGAGACCAGAAGAUGGGAAGAGAAGAUGCAAGUCCUCCCAAGCCUAUGCCUCGGUUUAAUGCUCCACCAGUUCCCAAGCCUCGAACCAAUGUGCCUCCACCUAGAAAUUCACAGUUUCAGCCUUCGCAUGACCAGCAUCAACCUUUGAAUGACCACCAGCACAAUCAGCGACAACUCUUACUAGACGACCAAGAAGACCCUAGAAUAUUACGGAAUGAAUCUGCAAUGGGCAAAUUUGGUUCAAACCACACAUUAGAUUCUGACUGCAGCUCAAUAAAUAGUGGGCGACGACCAAGUGUGGACACUACCUCCACAUACCUAUCCCUGGAGUCUUUCACAGUUGAUGAUGAUCUCGGCCAGGACUCAAGGUACCACAACCCUGUUGAAACUGGGCUUUGGAAGUGAUGGUGUGGUGAGAUUGGUUUUGUGUGAUCACCUGUUUCACUUGGCAUGUGUCAGACAAAUGGUAAAAAAUUCACCUCAGUAUCUGGAGUGCCCAAAUUGUAAGACCCUACAUGGGGAGAAACACGGGAACCAGCCCAAUGGUCACAUGAAUGUUACCACUGUGUCACACUCCCUUCCUGGUUAUCCAAAUUGUGGUACUAUACAAAUUACAUACAACAUUAGCAGUGGUAUACAGGGUCCAGAUCAUCCACGACCUGGUCGACCAUACCAUGCCAUUGGUUUUCCUCGCAUGGCAUACUUACCCAAUAAUCAGAAGGGCAAGACGGUAUUGAAAAUGUUGAAAGAAGCUUGGCGUCGACGUCUGGUGUUUACCAUUGGUACUUCUGUUACAACAGGGAUUCAGGAUGCAGUUACCUGGAAUGAAAUUCACCAUAAAACUGAGUGGACUAAUUUCAAUGGACAUGGAUACCCUGAUCCAAGCUAUCUUGAUAACACACUAAAGGAAUUGGCACGGCAUGGAGUUACUGAAACUACAUUAGUGUAGACAUUAUAGUUUGUCAGAUGCAGUAUCAUCUGUUAGUUUUUAGCAGUUCUUGUGUGCAGCUCUUUCCCUUAACCCUUUGACUGUCACGGCCGUAUAUGUACGUCUUACAAGGUACCGUGUUUGACGUAUAUAUACUCAUAAAUUCUAGCGGCUUCAAAUCAAGCAGGAGAAAGCUGAUAGGCCCACAUGUGAGAGAAUGGGUCUGUGUGGUCAGUGUGCACCACAUAAAAAAAAUCCUGGAGCACGCAGUGCAUAAUGAGAAAAAAAAAACUCCGACCGUUUUUUUUUUAUUAAAAUGCCAACUUUGUGGUCUAUUUUCGUAUAGUAUUUAUGGUUGUAUUCUCACUUUCUUGGUCUCAUUUGAUAGAAUGGAAAACAUUUUAUAGAAAUAGAGGUGAUUUUGAUUGAUUUUACUAUAAAAAGAACCUAGAAAUGGAGCUCAAAGUAGAGGAAAUGUUUGAUUUUUGCCAGUGUUCAAAAGUAAACAAAUGAUGCCAUUUUCCAAUAAAUGCCCAAUUAGCCAUUCUAAUAUGCAGUCACGAAUGGGUUGAUGUUAUUUAUACAAUUAUUACAGUAUUGCAGUAGUCCGCAUAAUAGUAAGUCUUCUAUUUUUUGUUUGAAUAAAAAUUCAAAAUAGAAAGCAAGAAUAAUAUCAGAGGGGACUGGAGAUGUGACUGAUGAACAAAGAAAAUGUUAUUUUAGAGCCAGGAAUGUCUGCAUUGUUCAUUCUGGACCUUAUUUUGAAAUUGUCAUAUUUUUUAGUUUUCGUGAAAUUGGCCAAAUUCCAAAUUUCUGACCACAUUAUUAGGUAGUUGAAAUCGGUAAAUGGGCAGUUUCUUGUGCUCAGUUGAUAGAAAAAAUGAAGUUCUAAAGAAAUAGCUAUGAGUUUGGGCGACUGGAACAAUGGAAUUAGCUGAAAAUAGGGCUCAAAGUUGGCGAAAUCGCCGAUUUGUAAACAUCGCUGAGGUCGCUAACUUCGCGAGAGCAUAAUUCCGUCAGUUUUCCAUCAAAUUUCGUUUUUUUGGUGUCAUUACAAUCGGGAAAAGAUUCUCUAUCAUUUCAUAAGAAAAAAUAAUUUUUUUUUUUUAAAUUUUGAGACACCAGGAGACACCUCAGGAUUGGGGGUUGCGACAGUCAAAGGGUUAAAAAGGCUGUAAAAUAUUGAAUUGAUUUGUGAUACUUUAUAUUUAUUUUUAUAAUAAUGUACUUUAAUAAUAAAUACAAUAAACUCUUUUAAAAACAUAA